CGAAGUUACUCUGCAACACGGCGAGACGUCAUCUACACUGUCACUUCCAAGCUCUUCAAUCGUUGCACAAUGAAGCCCGCUGCUUUCUUCGUCGUCGUUGGCCAGAUGGCGCUCGCUUUCGCUGCUGUCAAUGAGACUAGCGCCACCGACGAGACCUCCGCCUGUGUCACUACCACCAUCUUCACCACGAAGACAGUGACGGUCACUAAGGCCCAGGGCUCCUCCAACAGCAUCCUGCUCCCCUCGUCCACCGGCCCAGCCUCCCAGCCCCCGGCCCACUCCACCUCAGCAGAGCCCGUACUCCCCACCUCUGCGCCUGUGGCCCCCAACGUGACCGCCUCGGAGCCCACCUCGGAGCCGCCCGUCGUCAUCACCUCAACUUUUCUCUCGCCCGCCCCGGUCGCCCCGUAUUCAACAACCAACGGCACCUGGUCCGUGGCUCCCUCUCACACCGCGCCGCACUCGUCUGGCACGGGCGUCGCGACCACGGGCACCGCGUCUGCUACACCGCCGCAGUUCACCGCCGGCGUGGGCAAGAUGGCUUUCAGCAGGUUCGCCCUGGGCUUGGUGGUCGUUGGCGGUACGUUCCUCUCUUUGUAGAGCACCUACGGCGGAGCAAAGUUGAUUACCUGCAUCCUGCUAGGCACGUCUUGGCUACGGUGGCAAGUAUCAUGAACAUGGAUGGAACGGCAAGCGUUCACGGCGGUAGGAUAGACGCAUUGUAUCCCUGUGCUGGCCCUUCGAGGGUCUCGUGAUGCAUUACGAAAGGAACGAACGGUGCGGAGUGUGGUUUGAAUUUCCUUUCUUUCGGAGCAGGACAGAUACCCUUUCACCGUGCUUGGCUCUCUUAUUGGGCUACCUACCUCGAAGUAAUGUCUAUCUCUUACAAAUCGCGUCGUUGCGAAAAGCC